CCAGCUGAAUAAGAGGCUUUCUUUGUUCGCCAGCCGACAUCGUAUUCUCCUAAGUUCCGUACAAGCCUCCACGAAACCUCGGGGCCCGAGGCAAAUAAGUCAGGAUAGUGGAGCGAGAUCCCAACUGACCGGUGCUGUGACGUAUAGCCUAAGGCUUUGAGUAGAGGGUAAACUAGUUAUGAGUUUAUUAAUGAAAGGUUGGCUGGAAGAUAAUUCAGCAGCAGCUUGCUACCCUAGGAGCCGAAGGUGAACUUAGCAGUGAGGGCUGCGUCAAAAGCUGGUUGAAAACGAAUGCUAGGUUUCUAACAUCAUAACCCAACGAGUCUCGAUGUGGACCGCAUUAUGUUCUUGUCACGCCAUAAUGAGAAGGCUGGCGCCUAUUCGAACCAACUCAUUCGCCCUAAGGGGUAUAAAAUAAUGAUGCCGAAGGCUCCUUCAGCCACGAACACAGCCACGGGCCACCAGCCUUUACUUUUGAAAAGUACCUCCGUACUUUGCAGGUUAUCGAUAACGAUCAUGGAUCUCUGUGGCUGUCUUGCGAUACUCUGCUUGUACAAUCUAUCUACACGUGAAAUAUACAGCGAUUUGACUAUCUCGCUAGGGACGAGGUCACGACAUCAGCCCAUCCGCCCCUCAGGAGUUAAACACGCCACCACUCCCAGAAAUGGAAGCAGGGCUGACAGCAAUAUGUUUAGUAUUGAGGCGAAACGCGUGAAGUCCUGUUCUGCCUUGCCGCUUCUGCUGCUUUCUACGUUUAAAGAUCCCCCUGUGGCUGUGCGACCUAGAUAUGGAUGUUUGGUACGCUAAGCCUUCGUCUCCAAAAUCUCUACCCCACGAAGUUGUAGGGCUACCCAA